AUGUCCUACGUCCAUUGCCAGCAUACCUCCGCCGAUACGCCUCCUUGUAGGUGCCCAGUUUGGGAAGCUCCCGGAGACGAGGAACCAACCAUCAAAUCGUGUGAUACCUGCGGUCAUCGCUCGGAAUGGCAUUUACCUCUGGUUGAAUCUACGGAUAACGAAGGGGAUAACGAGAUGGAGCGUUGCAAAUCCAGCUGGCCAAAUGGCCAACCUUGCACUUGUCCAACGUGGAUUGCCCCAGAAGACCCUUCCCAAAAUCCUGGAUGUGCCCUGUGUGGUCACAAAAAAGGCUGGCAUCGCCCCACAAUUACCCGGGCCUCCUCAACCCAAGGCACCCCAUCCAAAAUGCAACUGCCAUCUCGAGCAGAAGUCUUCAAGUUAGAAGAAUCAAAUUGGCAUUCCCGAGCGCAAUCCUGUGGCACUGGAAGUGCUGAUAACAGUUUGAAGGUGCGCACUUGCUCAGCCAAUUCGUGGGCACCUGGUACAAAGUCGAGCUCAGCCAGCAAUCAAGGCAUCUCAGAUCCGCCGGCGAAUGGCUUCAACUCCUUCUUCACACCUGACAGUUCAACUGCAUCACCCAACUCUGCCUGGUCAUCCGCUAAUCCACUCCCCACGGUGCAUAUCCCACCAGUUGAAGUUCAACUUGCCGCUGAACACAUGCGAUUCAUUCUUUCUGAGCUAGACGAUGACGAAGAUGAGCAAGAGACCAGUUUUUCCAAUACUCUCAACUCCCCAAGUAAUCAUUCUAGGGGUGAGAGUGGGAAUCGCUCAUUGCACAAUCAUGAUAGAUCAUUUUCUCGUGCCUCACAAUCUUCCUUAUAUUCUUUCGAAGCUCCGAUGUCGAAUCAACAAUGGACCAUGGAUGGAAGGUCCCCAUCGCCUUCUUUCAGGCCGGCCGACACUCAAUCAAUCAGAUCCAAUUCCUCCUCCUUUGUAUCUGUAGCAAUGCCGCGGGCUUCUGUGGAUGUCAAUACAUGUUCUGGUAGCAUGUCUUUUUCUUCGCUUGUGGAAGGAGUAUACUCGAGGAGUCCUUCGCGCACCCAACCAAAGGACUAUAAUAUCCGGCUUAGUGAACUGGAUUUGACCGGAGGAAGCUCUAAUUCUGCAAACUCACAUCUCCGUCCUCCGCCCGGAUUACCACUACUAGCUCAAACGACCUCAGAAACGUACGUUGAAGAAUUGCCGGUGGAUCGACCUAGGCAUCCUUCAGAGGAGCGCACGGGCAGAUUUGCCUUUAACCCUACUGAUAUUGCAUCAAACACACCUUUGGAUGAAUCGGAUGCAGAUGGAUCAGUAAAAAAAGUCAAGCCUUUCCAAAGCAACAUACAAUCAGUUAUUCUUGAGGAAAUACCAGUCUUGGACCAACAUACUGAGAUUGCAGCAACGCUCAAACCCAUUUCAUUGCCGGAACAACCCAUAUAUAAUCCUCAACAAUCAGAAAGACAAAGAGUCGAAUCUUAUCAAACAAAAGACCAAGCGAUCUCACUUUCCAUUUCACCCUCACCUUCUUCAACCACGUAUUCUCCUGGGGACUACUUAAAUGUAACCAUUCAAUUAAGAAAUAGCACUAACAAUCAAGAAAUUGUUUCGCCACUCGAAUUUGAGCAGCAACUAUCAAAAUGGAAAAAGAUUACUUUCCAACUGAGUGGUACUGUCACUCAAAACGGAACCACCGAACACGAAAUUUUCAAUCUCUCCCAAAAUGUCUAUCUUUCCGAUCAACGUGAAUUAAAUGCAAACAAAACCGGCUGGCGAUUCAAAUUAAGGAUACCAACACAUACUAACUGCAAAUGUGGCCCCGGUCAUUUACCCUUACCAAGCAGUUGUUCCAAUUCUGUGGGUCACGUCAGCUAUCACUUGAUUUUGAAAGGAAAGAAGAAGGCGUUUUUGUCGAAGGCCUCAACUACAGCAGAGAGUUCCUUGUUCGUGGGCUUAAAUUUGAAGAGCAAUAUAUCCGAUCCUCGACAACAACUUCUUACUUUCCCCGAGUCUGUUCGGCCAUUAACCUCUUGGAUAGGAUUAAAUGGUGCCCAAAAGGCUGCUAUCACUAACACACUGCUCACCUACCAAGUAGAAUUCCUCUCAAGCAAUACAUUGAGAAUUCUAUACGAAGUAGAGCUACAAUUAUCUCCAGAUUCAGAAUUGUCUAAUCGCAAUUUCGGGCUAUUCGAGGAGCUCUCUUCCAAUUUAAAAGUGACCAUCACUUCGUUGAAUCAAUUGAUUCAAUCUCAUGCCAAUACUGGUAAUGGUUAUGGCAAUGUUGCACAAGAAGACUAUCAAAAGAAUUUCAAGACUCGUGAUGUGAGAUCAAAAGCGAUGCCGACCAGGUCUGACACGACAGGACUGAUCACUUGGAAAAUUUCCGGUUAUCUUCAUAUGGAGCUCUUUGGUCCAGCCGACUCCGCAUCCUCACAUGAGCCUAUACAAAAGAAAUGCUUGAUGGGACAACUCAAAUCUUACGCAGCUAAAGCUGAUCUUCCAUCCUCCGCCAAAAAUAUGACUUCACAAUGGAUCUUAAGGGCGUCUAUUCAAUCUGUAAUUCUAUCUCAGCCGCUCAACAUUCGUGGCACAUUGGUCGACCUCCAAUCGACCUGUGCAGCCAGAUCAAUAGUCCAAGGAAUUCCCCUCACCCUCAGAUGA